GUUCCAGUUGAGAAGACUAAAAAAGAGCCAGUCUGUAGUCUGCUGACCCGAGACGGCACCACAAGUCCGGAUCCGCGUCUUGUCAAUAGUGCUCAGUGUGAAAUCGCCCUUAAUGCACUCUGCAUUUCUAUUGGGUACUUCUUAUGCGAGGCUGUUGGUGGUGGCUCACGGCCCGAAGCUAGGCCAUUCAUGGCCAGACUGUGCACUAGCGUGCGCAGUCUUCGUUCCGAGUUGGCUGCUUUGAGGGUUAGCAAGAUGGGUCUAUUCUUUGGUGUCUACCGCCUUACAACUGAGCUUUCUACUCCUUUCACGAAUCAGCGAUGGUUUUACCGCACGGUUGGUUACACUCCGGAUCGGCGACGUGUCGCGCUUGUUACCCUAGUCUUCUCCAUACUCUUUGCAAUCACACGCAACUUUAUGGUUUUCCCCUACUGGCUCUUUGUUUAUGUGAUCUACGGCACGCCAAAACACGCUGCGGCCCGCGAGCAGCUGCCCUACAUCGACGUACCAUUGUUCGCCACUUCCCUCACUUUAGACGUCCUCAAUAUUUACUGGGCCUUGACGGUCUACCCGAUCGGCUAUAAGGCCGCGUACAUGCUCUACAAGGCCGAUUGGCGAAGCGAUAUCGAUCGAGCUCGUGAUCGCAUACGCUGCCGCUUUCUCAGUGCACGACGGCGCGCCAUGAACACCAAGUUGAUUGCGUCACUUCAACGGAGUGCCUCGUUUAAUCGCAUCCACAAAGCGAUCCUGUCGCCGUCUCGAAUGUGGGAAGAGUGGUCGAUAUUCUCAGAGGGAUUAAGUGAGCCUGAACUAGACGCCGAGUCGACGUCAGGGCAGACGACGCCACUGAGACGCUUCUCUGACGGAGAUAGCGCUAGUGAAGAAGACUCUUCUGGUGGUGCUGUUUUCGAAGUACAACCAACUGCUAAUACCGACGAUAGUGAUGUGGAUGGGAUGACAUUAAAUUUUCGAGGAAGGAGGAAAAACCCACCCACACCGAUUGACUAG